GCCUGCAGGAUUGUGUAUUCAGCUCCUACUCUAACCCUACUGUCAGCACUGAGUUCAUGUAUUGAUCAGUGUGUGUUUACAUAGAGAGCUGAGCAGCAGUGUGUCUUCGUCCACAGUCACAACACACAGCCAUGCUUUCUGUGGGGAUACUGAUAAUUGCACUCACUUCGCAGUGCUGUCUCAGCUAUGCUACUUUUGGAGUUUUGCUGUCAAGGGAAGUUCUUCCUACCACCACAACGAGCAAUGCAGAGCCCAGUGUUCGUGAAGCACGGUCAGCGGGCGAUCAGCUGGUAGUUCAUCCGGUGGACUGUGUUCUGUCAGACUGGAGCUCGUGGUCACGCUGCGACACCUGUCAGAAGAAAAGAUAUCGCUAUGCUAAACUAGAGCAGCCGUCUCAGUUUGGAGGGCAGCCGUGCAAUUUUUAUGGCAGGGAGGAGGAGGCCUGUAUUGUUCCGGACCGCUACACAUGCGACAAUGUUCCCUUGUGUGAGGGAUUCCUCUGCAAACAAACAGGUCGCUGUAUUCCCAGAACUCUGCAGUGCAGUGGGGAGGAUGACUGCGGUGACAUGUCAGAUGAAGCCGGCUGUAAGACAGUUUCCAAGCCCUGCAGACAGGAGGCUGAAGAGUACUGGGGAAUCGAAAACCUCGCCAAAGGGAUCAACAUCCUGAACAGUAACCUGGAAGGACUGGUGCUUGAUAACAGAUACUACGCUGGCAGCUGCCUGCCAGACUACAUCCAGGAUGUCAGAUUCAGGAAGCCUUACAACUUACAACAGUACACUCAUCAGACAAAAGGCUCUUAUGACUUCACCUUGGAGUCUUUUAACUCAUACUCUGAGUACAUGGACCACAGCGUUAAGGAGCGCACUACCCAAACCACUAUUUCCAUUGGCUUUGCCAUUCCAGGCGUAGCUGAAUUUGGCUACAACUACAAUAAUGCCAAACAUACCAAGGCUGAAAGGAAGAUCCGGCGUGCUUCUGGCAGGACUAACAGCUUUGUGAGGGCCAAAGCAGAGCUUGAGAUGGCCCAGUACAUGUUGAAGUCAGAUGAUUUAAUGCUUCACCCAGAGUUCUUGCAGCGGCUGCGCUCCUUGCCUCAGACCUAUGUUUAUGGGGAAUACAGACAGAUCUUUAGGGACUAUGGCACCCACUACAUCACAGAGGCUGCCCUUGGUGGAGACUUCACGCACACUAUCAUCCUGAAUAAGGAGAAGCUUGAGGAGUCAGAAUAUUCUUUGGACGACUACAAACGCUGCACGCAGUCAGGCCUAAAGGUUGGGGCCAACAUAUAUGGUGUUUAUGUGUCUGCCGGAUUCCAGGGUGGAUCUUGUGAUGGCCUGCUCAAUGAGAUGGGAGAGGACACAGUGCAUGGCAGCAUGGUGGAGGACUUUGUUGCUGUUGUAAAAGGUGGAAAUAGUGAGUCCAUCACUGCUUUGGUUUCUAAAAAACUUCCCACCCCACAGCUGAUGGGACUCUGGGGUGAAGGUGUGCGUUUCAACCCAGACUUUCUUCGCACUACAACACGGCCCCUGUAUGCGUUGGUCAACUCCAGAGACUUCUCCCAUGAUGCCACCCUGAAAAGAAACCUGAAGAGAGCGCUGUCAGAGUACCUGGCAGAGGCCAGCUCAUGUCGGUGUGCUCCCUGCCGAAACAAUGGAGUGGCCGUUUUGAGAGGCACUAGAUGUGACUGCGUGUGUCCUGUUGGCUACUCUGGGCCGGGCUGUGAGCUUACUAAUAGGCGGAAAGACAUUGCCAUUGAAGGCAGCUGGAACUGCUGGGGUGCAUGGUCAUCCUGCAGUGGGAGAACAAUGACGAGGAGCCGUCAGUGUAACAACCCAGCACCUGGUAACGGAGGCCUGCCGUGCAGAGGACUGCAGCAGGAGUCUACUGAAUGCUUUUAAAAUCUGUUCUGACGUCAACGUUGACAUUUAUAAAAACCCUCUUUGAAGCUAUAA